AUGGAAAUUUACAAAGAAGCUAGGAAAAUUGACAACUGUUUUUUACAUUCGUUUGUGUUGUUUGAAAAUAAAAUCGCUAUUUAUUUUCUAUCAUUUUAUAUCAAAGAUAAUACUUGUUAUAUUGAUAAAUUAGAUAGCACAGGAUAUUCAAAUAGUUGUAAAAGUAAGGAUUUUAUUCUUACAAUAUUAAGUGAAUAUUGUAAUCAAUGUAAAUUAAUAUAUUGUUUUGGUAUAUCUAAAAGAUUUUACGUAUUUAAUAGUGAUAUUAAAAAAGUACUAAAAGAUCUUGAGUCUUAUUGGAAUGAUAUAUUUUCUAUCCUAAACUCUAGAAAUAUAAUAUACGUUUUAAAAUCUAAUAGUAAAAAUUAUUUAAAAGAUAUUUUUACGUCAAGUUACGAAAUAGUUAGAUUUGAAGAUGAACCGAUAUCAAAAAUUUUAAAUAAAGUAGGGGAUAUUGAUCUUGAUAAGUUAUUUACAAUUUUAUGUUGUAGAGCAGAUUUUAUAAAAGGUUGUAUAAUAUUUAGUAUGAACCGAGAAAACAAUAAUAAUUUACAAAUAGAGUUUAAUAACGAAACAAAAGAAGAUUUUAAGGAUACAGAUAACUUAUUUAAACAUACUAAAUAUGCGGAAAUUGGUGUAAAUAAAAUCAAAAAAAAUACGAACAAUAAUAAAACAAUUCUUUAUUGUAAUAAUAAUGAAACAAUACGCAGGUGUAGUGAACAAAACUUGGCACAUGUUGACAAAGAAAAUGUAAAUACUAAAUUGACAGAUAAUUUACAAGAACUGUUGCGUAAACUUUCUUUUAAAACUCCUAAACAUAUUGAAAAUUCUAGUAAAGCUUUAGUAAAAAUAUUAAAUUUAGAACCAUUUGCACUUAAAGAAUUUGAUAGAUCGAAAAAAAGCGUAGAAUCUUCUUUUUUUACGGUUUUAAAAGUGAAAAGAAAAAAAUAA